ACUAAAUUCAUACGUGGAAAUAAUUAUGAAAACAAAUCUUUAAAUAGUUUUCAACAUAUUUUCCCGAGUUUACCAGAACGUACCUCAACAGGCAGUCUUGGCCAAUCGAGUGCCUAUCACUCAAAAGAGGAGCUACAAGAUGGCGCAGGCAAUAUUUGAAGCACUUGAAGGCAUGGACAACCAGACAGUGCUGGCAGUCCAGUCUUUGCUGGACGGUCAAGGGGGAGUUCCUGACCCAAACAACCAAAAUGUUUCUGGAACUCCCACUAUCCAGUCUAUGGAUGACGAAGACGUCUUCCUGUGCGGGAAGUGUAAGAAACAGUUUAAUUCUCUACCAGCCUUCAUGAUGCACAAGAGGGAGCAGUGUCAGUCCACUGUCCCCUCCCUGUCCACGGUGUCUUUGGCCUCCAGCAAUGCCUACACACCCGUGCCCUCGAUCAGUUCCGUACCACAGACUCCUGCUAACAGACAGGUAUCCACCUACAUCACAGUCCCUCCCUCUCCUUUGACACACACUCUGGUUCAAGGCAACGUGCUGGUCAGCGAUGAUGUUCUCAUGUCAGCUAUCUCAGCCUUCACCUCCAUUGACCAGCCCAUGGCUGCCAUGCAGACACCUAUACAGAGUAACCUGAGCAUGCACACAGCUGGUGUGUCCUAUCUUCAGCAUCAUCACCCCCACUCCCACUCCCACCACAACCACAACCACAACCACAACCACAACCACAACCACAACCACCACCACCACAACAACCACCACCACCACCACCAUCAUCAACAGCAGCAGCAGCAGCAACAGCAGCAGCAGCAGCAGCCUCAGCAACAGCAGCCCUCACACCCCCUGCCCUCCAGCCAGGCACCAGCCCACCCUCUGCCGGCCGGACAGCCUGCCCAGCAGCCACUCUCUUCACAGGUGCCAGCGAGCCUCAGCAACUCAGUGGUGCAGGUGUACAGCACAUUACCACAUAUGGCCGUGGGCAGUGGUGCUGAGAUCCACACUCUGGGUCUGCAGCCUUUCCACCCUGUGCAAGUGCCCAGCCAGUGUGUGGAAAGCCAGUCAUUCACCACCCCUCCCGUCUACAGCCCUGGGAACAAGGGCACCAAGACAAAAACCUGCAGCAUCACCACCAACAUGACAGAGCUGGGUGACUUUGAAAAGGUCAUAAUCCCCAAACGACCAAGGAGUAGCAAAAAAAGCUCAGAUGGAGCCACAGUAGAGCAGCUGAAGGGGAAAGGUCCGAAGCUGAAGUGUAGUUUCUGUGACAAAAUCUUCUCAAAAAACUUUGAUCUUCAGCAACACAUCAGGAGCCACACAGGAGAAAAACCAUUCCAGUGCAUCGUCUGUGGCCGAGCCUUUGCCCAGAAGUCCAAUGUGAAGAAACACAUGCAGACUCACAAGGUGUGGCCUAUGAGCGUGGCCAGCACAGUGUCGAGACUGCCGAUCACAGUGAAGGUGGUGCCGGUGUCAUCUAACGAAGAAGAACAGGACGGGGAGCGGCAGCAGCAAGACGAAGGGGACAAGGAAGGUCCCCAGCAGCAGAGCAGUCAACAGAGAGAAGCCGAGUCAGCACAGACAGAAGCACCAGGCGAGCUGGAGGAGAGUGCAGCUGAGGUUCAGGCUGAUCUGGAGGGAGCCCGGGGGGAAGAUGUGCGGAACGGGCUUCCUCAGGUCCAGAUGCAGGUGCAGUCCAAUCAGAACCAACAGUGCCAAGCUCAGACCAAGCAGAUCGUUCUGAUUGACAGCUCCUACCAGUGCCAGUUCUGCUCCAGCAAGUUCAAGACCUACUUCCAGCUCAAAUCGCACCUGACCCAACACAAAGGGGAGCAGGUUUACAAGUGUGUGUUGAAGUCCUGCUCCCAGACCUUCCAGAAGUUGGAUCAGUUUUUGGAACACAUCCGGACGCACCAGGAGCAGCUGACCUACCGCUGCCACCUCUGCAGCAAGGUCUUUCCCUCGCUAUUCGAGCUGGGAGUCCACCAGUACUCCCACUGCUUCUGCCCACAGCAGAGCACACGCAAGGAAACCGCCGUCUACAGGUGUGUGAAAUGUCAAAGCAGAUAUUCUACUCAGGAGGCACUAGAGCAGCAUCUCCUGACUGCCUCACACAGCUUCCCCUGCCCACACUGUCAAAAGGUGUUCCCAUGUGAAAGGUACUUCAGACGUCACCUCCCUACUCACGGCGUUGGAGGGAGGUUUAAGUGUCAGAUCUGCAAGAAGGCCUUCAAGACAGAGCACUACCGCAAACUGCAUGCGCGUAUUCACUCAGGUGAAAAGCCAUACAAAUGUUCCCUCUGUGAGGCGACGUUCAACAGGAAGGACAAAGUGAAGCGACACAUGCUCAUUCACGAACCCUUUAAAAAAUACAAAUGUCCCUUCAGGACACAUGUGGGAUGCACCAAAGAAUUCAACAGGCCAGACAAACUCAAGGCUCACAUCCUGUCACAUUCUGGUAUCAAACCCUACAAGUGUCUGUUUUGUCAGAAGGCCUUCAGCCGCCGGGCUCACAUGCUGGAGCACCAGCAGUCCCACACAGAUAACUACCGCUUCAGAUGCUCCAACUGCAACAAGGGAUUCACCCGACAGAGCUAUUACAGAGAACACAAAUGUCCUGCAGCAGGAACCAGGGUGGGAACUGAAGGAGAGGUAGGAGAGGUGGAGGGACACGAGGACGCAGGAGUGGCGAUGGCUGAGGAGAACGACGGAGACGAAGGUGGGAGAAGAGGCAGGUUCAUGAGAAAAACAACAAUGUCACAGGCCACAGGAGAUGAUGAAGAGGAGGAGGACUGCUCGAAGGGCAGCCAGCAGCAAGUGGAGGCACAUGAGGAAGAGGAGGGAGAGGAGAGGAGGACUGAUGAGGGUUGUCAGGCUGCAAUGUCUAUCACCAAUAGUGAAGGGCAGCCUGAAACAGAAGAGGAGGAGGAUCAUGGUAUCGAGGCACUGGAGCAGCUUAAGAGUGGUGACCAAAACUGUCUGCAGUAGCCAUGUUUGUAGUCUUCAGUGUUUCUUUAUAGUUUUCUGGAUAUGGACCAAUUAAUAAAUUAUCUAUUUUAAAUGAAAAAAAUAAAAACAUCAGUCUGGGAAAUUAUUUCAACAUGUUUUAAAUUAAAACGUUCUUUAAAUGAUUUGUUCUCUAAAUAAAGAUGAUUGGGCUAUGUUCACUUUUGGAUGUAUAUCACCCAGAUAAACAGUGGACAUGUUUAGUGCAAAUUCAUCUGCGCUGGUUCAUGUACAACGUUGUAAUGCCAAGAAGUUUUUCUUUACCUCAGCAAAAAACUAAAUUAUAAGAGUCGCAAAGUGUAUUUGUGUCAAUAUAAAUGUGCUUACAUUCUGAAUUAAACCCUCCAGUGUUCUUUAA